CCAGUCUACCGGUGCUGGGUACCUGUGUACCUUGAUCCAGGCACCAGGAGUCAUGUAUGUAGCACUGGCGGGAAGGGAGCGCAGCGGCAACCACCCUCCCUCUCUUUUGCAGAAUCUGGGGUACUUGUCGCUCUAGGGUACACUACCGGUAGAAACUCUACAUGGCGUAAUGCGGGGAGGGUCAGGACGACCCAAGCGUUGAGUGCGGCGCGCGGUGGGCCGCUUGGUGGGCCUCUUCUUACUAGAGUAAGUCGAAAGCUGAGACAGCCGUGCUGAGCUGAGCUCGGCAAGCCGAAGAGAAGAGAAGGUCAACGUUGGAACGAUGGGGCGUAUGGUGACAUCGACCUGCCGUUAGAGGAUGUUGAAUCGAAGAGAGGAAGAGAAGAAGAGGGUGUUAUUUUUUACGUUUCUGUUUUUAUUUUUUCCUGUUUUUCCGUUCUAUUUUUUUUAUUUUUCAUGUUUUCCGUUUUAUUUUUCUGUUUUUCUGUUCUAUUUUUUCUAUUUUUCAUGUUUUCCGUUUUGUUUUUCUGUUUUUCUGUUCUGUUUCUUUAUUUUUCGUGUUUUACGUUUUAUUUUCCCCGUGCUCAAUCGAUCAAACUGGAGACUCGAGAGUUUGGAGCAGUGGAAGGAGAGAUCUGAGAAGGCGGCUAGCAUCGGAUGCGGCUCCAGCAUGCAGACAGAGACAGAUCGACCGACAGACAGACAAACAGACAGACAAAAGACCCGACAGCUUCCUUCCUUCGUUCUCGAAGUUUGCGUGCGUGCGUGCAUGCUGUCCUGCCCUGUCCUGUCAGGAACAAAACAGAACAGAUGGCCCACACCCACAUCCUGACGAUUCGAGAAGCUCGGUCGCUACUUACCGACCUCCUUACUACGGAGAACAGU